CCCCACGCAGUGCUGGGAGCCCAAGGCGCCUUUAGCCAAAAUUACUGAAGUUCAGAGGAAGUGACGGGAAAUACGGGAGCUUUUAGAGUUAGUAUUUAAACGAACAUUUAAAAAAGAUACGCAUUUCUGGCACUUUCUAAAACUUUCGGCGUACAAAUUAAGCCAGUAUUUUACUAACAAGAUGAAAAUAUAAUUUUUGAAAGAAGCAAAUGCGGUGUCAACAUCAUCAUCGAGCUAAACUAAACUAGCAGUGUUUAUAAACAGACGUCAAAGUUAACUCUCUAACGUUAGUGUAAACAGUAAGUUUGCUUUCGUCGUCCGCACUUUUGAAAUCCGUUUAAAGUCAUGUACUGUGACGAUAUGUCCCAUUGUUGCGUUAAAUGAGUUUACAUCUUCGGUGACCUUUGUAAUGAACGCAAGAGUGGCUUCGCCGGCUUCAGUGCAGAUUGCGUUUACAGUGUUUACACUGCUUUUAUCGGUAAGUGUUUGCUCACGGUUGACGGUGCUUGUUCGUCUCGGCGAUAGUCAAAUAGCGGAGGAGAUUUUAGAGGCGGACAGUGUGAAGGACAUUAUAACGCUGGAAUUCAAGCAGACAGACGGUACUCUCAUCACGUUCCUUGCUGAUUUCAAGCGCCAUGUGAAGGUCUUUCGUGCACUGGUGCUUGGAGAGCCAGAGAAGGGUCAGUCCCAGUACCAGGCGCUCUGCAUCAUCUCACAUCUGGAUCAUGGAGAGUUCAUUCCCAGUGAGGCCAUGGCCAGACUACGACAGAAAAACGCUCAUGUGGUGCGCAGUGCGGAGGAGAGACGAGCAGUGGAGCGUUUCUCUUUGAACACAGUGCUCAACAUGAGUCUCUCCUGGCAGCUCAGUGCUCACAUCCGUAACAUCUGCAGGGAUGCCCGAGACCUGGUCUACACACGAAAACAGGAUGUCCUGCAUUGGAUGGACAGAGGAAUUGCAAGCUCAAUAUUCGAGGAGUUUCCUCCGAAUGCGAAUGUGACAAGCCUACAAAGCUGCAGCUCCACAUCAGACCCAUGGCAGCCCUGUGCCUGCAACUACAGCCUAAACCUGGAGUGGUUCCCCUGCCAGCUGAAGUACUGCCGUAGUCAAGGGCCAAACCCUUACAAGUGUGGCAUUAAGAGCUGCAGCAAAGGCUACCGAUUUGACUUCUACACCCCUCAGAAACAGCUGUGUCUUUGGGAUGAGGGCAGUUAAAUACAGUUGAGAGGAAGAAAAAAUGUUUUCUGUUUUUGUGGGAAAUGUAUUUUUGGCCCUGUUUCUAUCUGGUUAAAGAAACGGUUGGCCCACGAGAGAAAAUAUGCUCACUUUUUGGAAGAACAUUGAAAAUUGGUAGUCAUUGACAUCCAUAGUAGGAAAAACAAAUACUAUGUCACUGGCUACUAGUAGUUUUCAACAUUGUUUAGUAUCAAUUACAGUAUCACAUGUACACUCACUGGCCACUUUAUUAGGUACACUUUACUAGUACCGGGUUGGACCUUCUUUUGCCUUCAGAACUGCCUUACUCCUUCGUGGCAUAGAUUCAACAAGGUACU